AUACAAUCGCCCUGAAGACGCAUCACUGCUGAAACUGAACGCAGCUUCUUUUUCACUUUUCUCUUAAGCUCGAUCGACCGCUUGUUUGUAUUAUAUAGUAAUCUGAUUCCGCGUGUGUAGGAUCAUGGGUGAAGUAAGGGAAACCGAAGCAUACGAAGAGGAUCUUGUAGACUAUGAAGAGGAUGAGGAUAAAGUACCAGAUUCUAUCAACGGAAAAACCAAUGGAGAUUCUGUGAAAAAGGGCUAUGUUGGAAUACACAGUUCUGGAUUCAGGGAUUUCUUGUUGAAACCAGAGCUUCUUAGGGCUAUAGUAGACCAGGGAUUUGAACAUCCUUCUGAAGUACAACAUGAGUGCAUACCUCAGGCUAUCUUAGGAAUGGAUGUCAUUUGCCAAGCAAAGUCAGGAAUGGGUAAAACUGCUGUCUUUGUUCUAUCAACUCUACAACAGAUUGAUCCUGUUGAGGGACAGGUUGCAGCUCUUGUCCUUUGUCAUACUCGAGAAUUGGCUUAUCAGAUUUGUCAUGAAUUUGAGAGGUUCAGUACUUAUUUGCCUGAGAGCAAAGUUGCUGUCUUCUAUGGUGGUGUCAAUAUCAAUGUUCACAAGACUUUGUUAAAAAAUGAGUGCCCGCAAAUUGUUGUGGGAACACCUGGAAGAAUAUUGGCUCUUGCUAGAGAAAAGGAAUUAGGCUUGAAGAAUGUGAGGCAUUUUAUCCUUGACGAAUGUGAUAAGAUGCUUGAGUCACUUGAUAUGAGGAGAGAUGUCCAAGAGAUAUUUAAAUUGACUCAACAUGAUAAACAAGUUAUGAUGUUCUCUGCUACACUGAGCAAGGAGAUUCGUCCUGUUUGCAAGAAGUUUAUGCAAGAUCCUAUGGAAAUUUAUGUUGAUGAUGAAGCAAAGUUAACUCUCCAUGGUCUAGUUCAGCAUUACAUUAAGUUGACUGAGGGAGAGAAAAACCGCAAGCUGAAUGACCUUCUUGAUGCAUUGGACUUCAAUCAAGUAGUUAUAUUUGUUAAGAGUGUUGGCAGAGCUGCUGAGUUGAACAAACUACUAGUGGAAUGCAACUUUCCUUCAAUCUGCAUCCAUUCUGGGAUGUCGCAAGAAGAGAGAUUGACCCGAUAUCGAAGUUUCAAGGAGGGAAAACAAAGAAUACUUGUGGCUACGGAUCUAGUUGGAAGAGGUAUUGAUAUAGAGCGGGUGAACAUUGUUAUCAACUAUGACAUGCCAGAUUCAGCCGACACCUAUCUCCAUCGUGUAGGCAGAGCUGGUAGGUUUGGCACCAAAGGACUUGCCAUUACUUUUGUUUCUUCUGGAGGCGAUUCCACUAUUCUCAAUCAGGUCCAGGAAAGGUUUGAGGUAGAUAUCAAAGAGUUACCUGAGCAAAUUGAUACAUCCACAUACAUGCCGUCUUGAUGUUUCCGACGAAUGGGGGGAAAACCGGUCAGGUGCUUACGAAUUGAAUGGUGUUCAUCAUGGGAGGUUUGUCCCCUCCAAUCGUAUUUUACUAGAUUCAUUCAAUUCAGCCUUGAGGUUUUGAUAUAUUUUGAGUUUUCAAGCAUUGAAUCAUAUUCAUGUAGGCAUUAUUAUUGCCAUUAAAACCAGAAUGUGUAACUGGAAUUAAAAAUCAAGAAAUUGAACCAUUUUUAUUAGUAUUUAAUGAUUUUUUGUAUCUUGUUCUUUCAUAAUAUGAUUCUGAUAUCUAGUGAUGUUUAAUAA